AUUUCAGAAUUUGAAAAAAGACAGCUGAUCCAAACGAGGUCGACACAUCCCUAGUCAGUGCAGCGGUAUGUCACCGAUAGAUGAGAUCGGAAUGCAGUGUGGCGGAGGAAUUAUCAAGCGACACUUAAGUCGGGGGAGAGGAAUACCCUGUUCCGAUCUGUCUUGCAACGCUUGUUUGUGUGAUCGGGCGCAUCGCCACAUUCUUUGCGCCGUGUGCGGGUACACGGGAUGGGGCAGAAUCAAAUUCAGUUGCCCACAACAUCCACAGACAAUAUUUCUCAUCGAUGUGUCGCAAUGUCCGAAAUGUAGAGCGUACGGGUACAUGAUGAGCGAGUUUUAGUCAUGUGGUAUCACACACCAGGAUAAGAAGUUAAAUACGCUGGCCUUAUUUUGAUUCUUAGAACUCGACCGACACGCAAAAUCAUAUACUUUCGUGCACAAAUGAUUUUAGCUUGGAAUUGGCAAAGCUCAAAAUCUAUUUGGACUUGAUUAGCUAUAUUCCCGCGCUGGCCAUCGAAUGUAAUGCCUCAAUAUUAUCUGCGUAUUAUAAGAAUAACGAUAAGUAAGUUGACUGUUAUUAAAGUUUGUGUUGCAAAAUAAGUUCUGGGUGUAUACUCUUACAGUUUGUCAAAGUAUUUUUUUUCCAUCGAUAUCGUUUAUUACUAAGAAUCUGUUAACAAGACGUACACGUAAACCACAACUUAAGCAUAUUUAGUUAUUAUGAUUACUAAUUACGCUAUUUUUUUGGAGUGUCUGAGACUUUGUAGACUGUAUUCAAAUCGUGAAUAAAUGAGGUAUACACCGUAUCGGAA